AUGAGAGGGAAACUCUAUUGGGAGAAGGGGGCUGGCAAGCUUGGUAUCAGCAAUUCCACACAGGAUCUACUGCAUGAGGCCACGUUCUCCAACAACAGACAGCAACGACCUGCUGCCGCCGGCUCUGUCGACGAGGAGCCUGUCAAAACUCCUCAGUUUGUGAAUCCAAUCAACAAUCUGGACUUUACUGCCGCAACCAACUCCAACUCGUCCAGCCCUCUGAGCAGCUCUGCUCGCUCCUCCUCGAGUGCCAACACUGUGGCUUCAAACUCAAUGGAGCAAGCUGCCGAGAAUUUCAAGACCUCCACUACUCAUAUUUCUCCCGCCUUGCAGCAGAUGAACCUCGGUCAACAGAUUUCUCCUGCUUUGCAGCAGAUGAACCGCGGUAAGUUCUGUGUGGUUAUUUGA